AGGGAGAAUAUAGCCAAACCAAAAGAAAAGACAGAAUCUGCACCUCCUUCCUCCUUCGUACCAGUUUCCCUCUAUCCUUCCUCUCUUUCCUUUUCUGUAUAAAGGAAACCCUCACCGGGGUUUUCCCUUCGUCGCACGCGCUCUUUACAGAUGGAGUCUCUAGACCCCGCCGCUUCCUGUUUCGUGGACGACCUCUUCAACUUCGGCUCCGACAUAGGGGAGGCAGACGACGACGAGGACAGGAAACCGUGCAAGCCUCUCCCCUCCGUACACACUACCCGCUCUUCCCAUGAACAUGUUGGUGAGGAGGAGCUUGAAUGGAUAUCGAACAAAGAUGCAUUUCCGGCGGUGGAAUCAAUAUAUGUGCUGGAGAACGGGUUAACUAAGCAGACCAGUCCAGUAUCUGUGCUUGAGAACAGUAACAGCAGCAGCAGCACAAAUGGAAGCACUUUGACUAACGGAAAUAGUGUUAUGUAUGGCUGGGACAGGCCGCGGGUACCAGUGAAAGCUCGCAGCAAGUACCCGCGCAAGUUACGGAAUGACCUUCAGACCAAGGGGCGCUGGUGGGUUCAUGAAAAUGCGAAGAAUGCAGCUGCGAGUGCAAGGACUAUGGGUAGGAAAUGCCAGCAUUGUGGGGCUGAAAAGACUCCACAAUGGAGAGCUGGACCACUCGGGCCUAAAACGCUCUGUAACGCUUGUGGGGUGAGAUAUAAGUCGGGGCGGCUUUGUGAUGAGUAUCGCCCUGCUAGCAGCCCCUCUUUUUCAAAUGAGUUACACUCAAAUUCACACAGGAAGAUAAUGGAGAUGAGGAGGCAGAAGCAGCAGUUGACUAUGUUGGUGGUGAAGCCUGUGGAUAAAGGGUAGGAUAUAGUUGAAUAGUGGUAGUACUACAAUCUAGGUACCUUUUCUUUUCUUUUCAUUUUUUGGGUUAAUUAGUUUAGUUUACGUUGGGUUUAGGUGUUUGGUGUAAUGGGGUUAGAAGAAUUUAGUUGAAGUUACUUUGUUUUUGAUGAAAAUGAAAAUCAAUUUGGGAAUUUUGACUUUAGUGUGGUUUAUUUUGGUUGUUUGUUAUUUAUUUCUUAGAAUAGAACACAAGAUUAAUGUUGUAGGUUUUGUCCAAUUUAUUAAAUUCUCUGCUUUUUAUUGUCUUGGAUUUGAGUCAAUGGUUUUGGGCAAAAUGAUGAUUGCAGGAGUGAGAGUUUGGUGAAUUUGUAUUUGGGUUGAGUAUUGAAGAGUAGUGGUUGUCAUAUUGGGUUGUUUCAACUAACUGGCUUGUUUUGGACAGUGAAGAAUUGUUAUUGAAAGCUGUAACGCAGACUAGGUUCCGUAUUGGCUAAUCCUCCUAUGAAUGUAAGUUUAACCAUUAUCUUCUUGUUAUAACAACACUGAAAUGGUUUUCCUUUUCAUGUUUUAUGUAUUUAUGCUUAGUUGAAGUUGCGGAGGCUUUUUAUGAUUAUCUUGUAGUUAUGGUUUCGUUUUGAGAAUUGCUACGGCAGUGUAUAUAUGGAUAUAAUUUUGCAGGAGAAUUGUGUAUUGCA